AUGCAGCUGGAGAACCAAAAGGAGGAGGAACUGGGGCUCGAAGACAGGGCCAGAGCCCAGGCUGGGGAGAUCAUCGGGGGCACAGAGAGCAAGCCACACUCCCGCCCCUGCAUGGCCUACCUGGAAAUCGUCACCUCGCAGGGUAAGCAGGCGGCUUGUGGUGGUUUCCUGAUUAAGAAGGGACUUUGUGCUGACGGCCGCGCACUGUGCAGGGAGCUGAGACAAUGGGUCCCGUUUAUCUCCAAAUGGGAGCUGAAGGAGAAGGCCAGCCUGACCCUGGCCAUGGGGACACUGCCCCUCCCAUCCCAGUUCACCUUCAUCCAUCCUGGGAGAAUGUGCUGGGUGGCUGGCUGGGGAAAAACAGAUGUGAAGGAACCAGCCUCCAGCACUCUGCAAGAGGUGGAGCUGAGAAUCGUGGAGCCCCAGGUCUGCAGCCUCUUCCCUGCUUUUGACCACAAUCUCCAGCUAUCCUCCUUCCUCAGCCCCAUGGGGUCUUGCUCAGAGUCAGGGGUGCUGCCCAGGGUCAGCGGGUACCAGGAAGGAAAGGAAGAUACCGCAUCAGACAGAGACAUAUCACCUCAUGAGGAGCCAGUGUUCCUGAGCCUGAUGGCAGGGAGAUGUGGGGGUGCUCUUCUGUGUGCUAGGGUGGCCCAGGGCAUUGUCUCCUAUCAACAGUCCAAUGCAAAGCUCCCAGCCGUCUUCACCCGGAUCUCCUAUUACCGGCCCUGGAUCGAUGAGGUCCUGAACGAGAAUUAA